AUGGUAAAAACACUGUUUAGAAGCAACACAUUGGAAUCUCACUACAAAGAACGUGGACUUGGAUUCAUACUGAAAACAUUCCGGGGUUAUCAUUCACUUCGGUGCAUCCAAGCGAUAAUCUCUGGUCAAAAGCUUGGUGAGGGCUACGAUAUUCCAAUAGAAGCUAUGUGCUCCCGAUUAAAAGAAGAUAUAAUCGAAGAGACCACAGAUCAUGUCCUUUCAACGGCUAAGGUCUGUCAAAGCGUGAAGCAGUGUUCUGGAUCCACAACGCCUUUUCCUUACGGAGACAAUACCGACGGAACAGACAUCAAAGUUGCUUGCACAGAAGAUAACAAAUGCGACGUGGGGAAAGCCCUCCCCUUAAUGUCCGCCCUACUGUGGUAUAAGAUAAGCGACUUCAUGGCAAGGAGCCUUUGCCAUAAUUCACUUCCUGAAUUUAAAAAAUCCUCCUUGACAACAAAAUAUGAGGAAAUUAAGACAAUGGCAAUCCUGAUGGUCUCCUACACCAGUACCUUGCAUUGGAAUGGUUUUUUUCGUGAGGCUGCAAGCCAAAGAGCUUACUCCAAUCUAGAAACAGCUAUGUCUCUAAUCAACAAACGGAUAACCUCCAUGGAGUUUACAUCGCUGGCCUGUAUAAAACUCGAAGCUACAGACAUGUGCACUCUCGGAGACAUUUACAAGUUAUAUGGCUCGCUGCUGAAAUUGAAGAAAAACAUAUUAAGUCCUGGAAUGACCAAAAACUUGCGUCAGUUUACAAAAGUAGAUCACAGUAAAAUGCUACAGCUAAAAACGAGCGCCUUGAAGCAUCUAAACCUGUUGGGUGAAGUACGUUCUGUGGAUGAAAACUUAAAAACCUCUGUCAAAGGGAUUUCCAAGUAUUUCUAUGGACUUGCCAAAUUUGACAAAGAUAUUGCAAAAGCAGAUGUUACCUUUAUCUCGGACAAGCUUAGCGAGUUCAGGAAAAAAUCAGACGAAAUAUCAAAGAAGGUAGAAAAAGACAUCAAAAACGCCAUGGCGGCGAUGGUGACCGUACUUGCAGGUCAGCUGGUUGAAGAAUCUGUUAUUCUCUCAUUGAAAAUUGCAGAAAAUACGAAUCCGUCGAAAGUUAUUUUUGGUGGUGUUGAGGUAGGCGAUAUCUAUGAGCAGUUAGCUGAGGUGGCAAGAGCCGCCCAGGAACUUACACAUGGCGUAGCCCUGAGGACAUCGCUUGUCAAUGUCAUAAAGGACUCAGCUGAUCUUGCUAAGGACUUUAAGGACAAUGCUAAUCAGAUUUCAAGUAUGCAGAUUCUUGUAAAGGCCAUCGACGCAAACAAGGUGGAUGAAAUUGGCUAUGAUGCGGACAAGUUCAUAAAGGCUUAUAGCGAUUACACUCCAAAAGUAAACCGAGCACGCUUGGCUAAAAACGAUGCGUUGUGGGCUACCUUCAAGAGUGAAACGUGUGAUUUGUUAUUUGGAGCGCAAGGUGCUGGGGCCGCUCUCGGACAGGGUGUUGUCGGAGGGAUGUUGCUCUGUGAGAAGUUAGAAGGAACUCUAGCAGAAUUUUCUGCCCUUAGGGAAAACGUUUUUGAUUUUCAGUUCGACCUUGUUGAUUCCCUAGCAGCUGUAAUCCGUGGUAAUGUUGGCAAAAAGCUAUCAACAUCAAUUGACGUGUUGAAUGACGUUCUUGAAUCAAGCAAGCUUAUGCUGGGAUUUUUCAUUACUCAGCAUCGCCUCCAACACGAAGCCGCUGUUUACUGUGACAAAAUUGAGUAUAGGCUCCAAGGAAAAAGACUGGAUGACUGUUCUCCAUCUUCUGGAUUUUUCUCUAAGGAAAAUCUAGAUAACAUCAUAAGUUUUGAUUUGAAGAAAAUAAGUUAUUUCGAGGAGAAAAAAUUUGUCUAUUUACCUACCAAGCCACAAUUCAAAGGCGACACAGGUUUUAUCAAUAUUCCUUCUUUAGCACAGGGGAACUCUGUGACAUUUCGAAUACCAGCAAAUCGCAUCUGGCUUCGACAAUAUAACUGGCUAGGACUUGAAGAGAACUCAGCUCCUUUCGUAGAAAGUUUUAAAAUGUAUCUUCCUCUCAAAAGGUACGGCAAGAAAAAGAAAACAAGUGUCACAACAAGAACGUCAAUUGAGUUGACUUCGAUAGCUGGAAACAUGACAAGUGAUACUUCAGAUGUGGUGUACAGUAUACCUCUUGAACACAGCAAAUUCUUAACUGUCUAUUACCUAGGCUAUCGAUCCUCGCAAUGCUCAGACGGAAACGAGAUUCCCAAUCCUUACAGUUUAUGUAAAAACCUCCCGAAUAUUUGCGACACGUUUACUAAAAAGCCUCAAGAAAGUUUGAUGCCUACAAUUCUUUCCACAUGGAAGCUCAGCUACACCGUCGAGUCAGGAAACAGAAAAGUGAAGUGGAAAGCACCAAACCCAGCAACCAACCUCCUCAUCAAAGCGAAAGUAAAGCUCCGCCAUUAUCGCACAAAGAAGAGUGAUUUCAAGCUGUUUGAAGAUAACCUGUCGUCUAAAGAGGUUUGCUGCAAAGGGAACACAUACCAACCAGAAUGGUAUGAUAGCACAUGUGUUCCCUGUCCCCAAAAGCCAGAUAUACCCACUAAUUCAAAAUCUAAAUUGGGUGGAUACUACUGUGAAAAGGGAAAGGAAAAAGUUGUUGGUAAGUUAGGUCGCUAAGUUUAAGGGUUAAGAGAGAUUUUUAAACCUGAGUAAAAAUCAAACCUGUACAAUGUAUGAUUGAAAAAGGACUUUAUUUUUCGAGGAACGUUAACAAUCGCAGUUCUUUUUAUUGCUACUGUUUUGGUACAGCCGAUUGAUUCUUAACAAGACCGUAAUGACUAAGUGAUUCAUUGACUGAUUGGCGAAUUUAAUUUAAUUGUGUUAUGUGAUGAGAUCAGAGAGAAAUUACAGUUUGAAAUGAAGAAUUACGUUUGGUUGAUUGAUUUUGGUCAAUAAAGAAAUAAACUGUAUCAAUCACAAAAUUGUCUUCAGACUUUUUUGUUUAAAUACUCUAGCUAUUUGAUGGUUAACUCAUAUCUGUCACUCCUACCUAUUGAUCUUCUUGUGCAAAUGAUAUUUCUUACAGCCUGGCCGAAAAUAUAUGCCCUAAAGGUGGAUAAAUCAGCUCUAGCCAGUAGAUAACACAAUUAUUUCCGUAAAACUUAUUCGGUGGAUAGUGAUUUAUCGGGUGGAUAGCGCUCUCAAAUGUUUGAUUAAACAACCGGACUCCUCUAUGUCUGUCGUUUGUUCGUAUCUAACGGCUCCUGGUAUUGCAACAAUUUUUCAAGCCAGGACAUAUUUUUGGUAAAUUUUUUUAUUGACUCUACGUAUUUCCAAGUCUACUGAUGCCAUCUGACGUUUACCCGAUGGCUUCCGAACCUGACAAAACGGAUUUUGAGGACACCGGACAAUUGUAGCUAAAUAAUCCAGAUUAAGCCAGCGCUGUAUAACCACGAUUAACUUGGUGGUGAUACAAAAUAGGCCGUUCGCAAGAUGACGUCAUUCUACUACUACUGCACCUACUACUACUACUACUACUACUACUACUACUACUACUACUAAUACUUCUCGAAUUAUCCAGAUUUUUCAGUUAUGGUAUACAUUAGGGCUUUUUAAUUUAAACCUUAUUUGGAUUGCUAAAUUUAGAUAUGAAAGGAAAAUCGAAAUGGCUUCUACUCGACAUAUCAAAAUGACGCAUUCGUGCAGUUGGCCUGUUGUAUAUGUUUCCGCCACGAUUAGCUUCCUAUAUGUUAGAAAAAAGCCGCUUUGGUUCUCCCAGGAAAUAUUUUACCAGAGCCCAAGAGUAUCGUGUGGGGCUGGGCAGCGCCAUCAUCUCACUUGCGUGCACAAAUUUUAAUGAAAGUAAGGAUUCUUUAGAUUCCAUGCUCAUUUAUCUUGUACCUCAGUUCUAAAGCCAUGUUGAAUGAGGUAAACUUCUUGAGUAAGAGGGAGAAGUAGCCUCUUUGGGCACGCACUUGAGCAAAGGUAAUAAUUGCGCAAAGGAACAUUCUAACAGAUUGUCGCUCAUUGUAUUUCACUAUUCGCUAGUCGUUUGUUGGUGACGUGUGCUACCGGAUUGCCUUCGGCUUUUCUUUAGUUGUUUUUUUGCCUCAUUAUAGCUAAGCCGGUAAGACGAGUAAAUGUCUUAGAAGUAAAGUUUUGAAAUCAGCUCACGACUUUCGCCCUUCUGGCAAACAUUUUCCUUUCCCCGAUUUGGUCGACGACGACCCAGAAAAAAACAGAGCCCGCCGCGGCUACAGCGCAGGCUAUGGAUUCUAAUGCCGUGCUCAUCAAGUCCUUGGUAGACCCCGCACAAAAAUUGACAAUGGACGUGUGCAGUCUCAAGAGACUCGAGACUUCGCAAGUAAGCAGCUAUUCCGCUUUCAAGGGAUCCGCCCCCUUCUUCCUCGCUUGCAAGGAACACAACCACGGAUAAUGUCACACUGCCUGAGCUGA